AUGCCUUUUAGUGCAGACCACGCCGACGCCCUCUGGACACAACAUACCAAGCGUCCAUUUGAGGGCGGUGCACCAUAUCACUGGGCCAUGCAUCAAGUCAUUAUCUCUGCCGGUCGAGGAGAUAUGCGCAUACUCUCCCAAUUCCAGUCCCAGGGAGCCACCUCUAAGAACAAAAACGUCUUCGGCCAGCUAUUGACUUCGACCGAUCGGGUCCAGGGGAUGACGCGAUCGUCAACGGCCGUCUUCCCCUCACCGCGACUUCUACUUCGUAAUUCCCCUUUCAAGGAACACUCUAAACCCCCAGCGUCGUGGCGUUCUCCUUCACACGGGUAUCUGUUUGUGCCCUUGCCUGCCGCCUUGGAGCAAAAGGAAUACACCAUGGCUCCACCCCAUUUGAUGGAGCCACAACCCCAUGAAAUCCAGACCUUCUCCGACAUUGCGGCAGUCCGUGUCCCAUCAACUCGGCUGACGGACGUGGGAUCUAUCGUGCCAGAAAGGAAACAACACGGAAAGCACCGAGAUAGGCUUUUGCAGGACUCAUCUGGCAAGUUCGUCUUUCUUUUCUCGGUUUGGCUUCCCGUCCUCGAUCGCCCCCCUAGACCGGUCCAUCUAGGAACCACGGUCUGUGAAAUGAACUGGGACAAUGACCAAGACUCUCCGCGGCGCACCCUGGCCGAUCAGAGCUCGAUUUGCCGAUUGACCGGGUCGAAUCACUCGUUGCGCAUCGGCAACAGAUUGUCUCCCCAAACAUUCAGCUUAAACACCUUCCACGAUCACCUUCUACCGAGAUUUGAGGGCAUGAUAGCUGGCCAUUGUUUAUCAGCCCUGGAUUUCGGCCAAUGUGGUAUGGAAGAAGUCUCGUCUCAGCACAGGACACAGAAGGGCAUUAGCGACUCUCAAGCUUGGUCCAUCCUGCAUAUCCAGCAUGUUGUCCAAGUUCGCUUCUCCCUACACCACAUCUUUUUUUGCGCCGGGCUGAACCCAGCCGCCCGCCAUAGAAUGCUUCAUGAAGCCGGGGGGGGGGAGACUAUGUAUUAUAUCGGCCAUCAUCACCCCAUGUCAACCCUGUCACAUAUCACCCUUGUUAAUGAACCACCGAUGGGUGUUCGGCGGAGAUCCGUUAUCAUGUGUCGUUGGCGCAUCUUCUCUGUUCUCGGUCUACCCAGGGUUUCUCUCUUGGGCAUCGAUCGGAAACGCAGUGUCGAGACAUUCUGUUUCAAGGGAGCGGCUGUUACCAUGUACCUACCUCGUACGGCCCGUUCUCCCUUGAAUCAUGACUGCUGGUGGUGGUGGAGUCGGGUGUUCUCGGCCCAUGUGCAAACGCACCGACCAUAUCGCAGCAUCUCUCGGUAUGACUCCGUACCUCGUACAUGCAAGCUCAUCCCUAGCACCAGCUCACCAAACUGGGAGAUGCUACGUCGGCUCCACCUCUUUUUCUCCCGUUGUUUUCUUGAUACAGUGUCGCUAUCGUCGUCGCCAUUCGUUUGUAUAGCGUCGUCACUGUUUGUCGCUGCCAAUAGUUGCGUGCCUGACAAGGAAGACCUCGGUACGAGCCUCAACGACUCGCCGUAUUACCUUGCACUGUACAAUAAUGUACAUACGCUUUGCCACAUAUACUCCCACAUGAACCCCCCAUUCCAAGUAAUCGGACCAGUGGUCUGUCUGUGUCCCGUCAACCCAAAAGCAUACCCAAGUCAAGAUGGGUGUCUACACAAUACCUGA